AUGGUGGAGGGGAAUAGCGACGACAACGUCCUGUGCCGACUGACACCUUGCAAGGAUAAUUUGGAGUGUCGUAUAACUCACAAUGCCAACGGUUCGAUGACGCUGCCAUGUGAACGCACCGCGUCCUCUGCAUCGCGGCCGCUAGAAGAAGACGACGAGAAAGAAAAAACAAUCAAGACGACAAAGGAGAAAGGCGGACAACAGAGACCAAUCUUUACACACAUAGAAGGAGGAGGGAGUGAGCAGAGACGGACGAGCAAAUGCCGAGAGGCGGGAAUGCGGAUGAGUGGUGAAGACGCGGUGCCAGUGUCUGUGACGCAGGAGGUGCCGUUUGCGGGGCUGUCAGUGGGACUGCUGCGCUCACUGCGGUGGGUGCGAAGCGUGGGGGCUCUAGUGGGACAGAAACGCCUUCUCCUCGGCGUCAGUUGGAGCGCGGGAACCCUUGCCCUCCUCCUCCUGUUCUGCGCCAUUGCCAUGGACUCCUGGCUCUUUACCGUUGAACGCGAGCCGGACGAAACAUCCAACGCCACCUUCCUCAUCACCCUCCACUCAGGCCUUUGGCGUGUCUGCAAGAAAAACCUAUUCAUGAAGGAUGUUGGAAAGAACACACAGUGGAACUUAUCAUGGCGAUCACUUCUGCCACUUGAGACACAUACUACAGAGGCGGCCCUAUUCACGCAUCAGUCAUACUACCUACGCAGCGCUGUAGGCGCGGAAAAGUGGGCAAAACAGUUCGAACAGGAGGACGUUCGCUUGCAUGCGCACGAUAAGCAUCAAUGGUCCAUGAUUACCACUUCGAAAAUUGCUCAUCCAUACCUUACUUUCAACAGCGAGGCAAGGAAGCCGGCGAACUCAAGCCCACAGAGAGCAUCCUCUCUAGGCGUUCGUGUUCUCCGUGAUGGUGGUGGUAGCGGUGGUCUUCGGCACUUGAAAAUAUUUCGAGGUUUUUUCUCGGAACAAAACAAGGCCGUUUUUUAUUCCAGCUCUGAUCGGACACGAUUAUCAACACAUACAUCUCUUGCUAGCUAG